UCCCUUUCCCCCCUUAUAUACCUCCUCCGUGUCAUGUACCUCUCCACCCUUCUCUCUCUCUCUCUCUCUCUCUCUCUCUCUCUCUCUCUCUCGUGAUGGCAGAGGAUGAGGAAGCAGCAAGUUUCAAACUUUUCGGAGCAGUGAUCCUAAAGGGGGAGAGACAAACCAAGGAAGAAGAGGAGACGGGUGCUCGGACGGCGCCAGAGUCGGGUGGGGCGGUCGAGGCGGCGGAGGCGGUGGCGAGGGGAGCGGCAUCGCUGCCGUGCCCAAGGUGCAAGAGCAGGGAGACCAAGUUCUGCUACUUCAACAAUUAUAACGUCAACCAGCCGCGGCACUUCUGCAAGGCCUGCCACCGCUACUGGACCGCCGGCGGCGCCCUCCGCAACGUCCCCGUCGGCGCUGGUCGCCGCAGGGGCCGCCCCGCCCACCGCGGCGGAGGCGGCGUCGUCCCGGCUGCAUGCGUCCUAGACUACCCGUCGCCGGGGUACCUGGGCGGGGCGGCGGCGGAGCGGUGGCUCCUGAGGCCGGAGGCGCCGGCGGGGACUGACCGCGGCCUCGACGGUGGGAUCCGUUGACUUAUCUGGGGCGAGGUGAAACGUUCCAGUUCCGGUGUGCGUCUCGCGUAGAAGAAAAAAGGAUCUGUAUGUGCCUGGCCUAAACGUAACAUAAUUCCAAAGUGCGAGCCCACAUAGCAAAGCUGUUGCUUCUCCCUCUGUUCUUUCUCACCCCUUUUCUUUCUUUGGUGAUCUUAAUAUCUUGUUUUUAGUGUUAUCAUUGUACAGGCUGAGAUCAUUAAUGGCCUAAUUUAGAUUUUGUUUUCGCAA